CCAGCCAGGUAGCUUACGUAGCCUUCACCGCUUGAUUGCUGCGGCUCUUUCCAUCACUGGCGCGUCUAAUUUUAAGACCUGGAAUAGGCUACUUGUUUAAUAGCACCUAUUUACCUAUAGCCUAUAAAUUAUUUGAUUUGUUUUCUUAUUAUGUUUUGGUGGAACGCAUAAGCUAAGUCGUCAUAGGUUAAGGCUAUUUAGGGAUAGUUUUAGAGCAAGUUGGCUAUUAUUUGCAUCAGCAGUUAGCUUUCAAGCUAAAUUAAGAAGUCUGUUUUGAUGCCUGAUUUUGAGCAUUUCAGAUUUUCAUACUCAAGCAUGAAUCCAUUAUUGGGAGAGAACGCGUUCCUGGUUCAGCAACAGCAGCACAACCAGAUGGGGAGUCAUUCUGAUUAUUCCAUGACAGGCCUAGACUCAUACGGUGCAGCUGACUCAGGCUUCAUCUUGGGCGAGCACAACGGGUUUGGACAAGAUGGCAUAUCUGGCCUGGACAUAAAUUCGCUGCCACCUUCAGGACUCGCUUAUUUGCACCAGAACAACAUGCACCGUGCACCGCCGCCCCCCGCAGCGAUGGCCCUGCGUAACGACUUGGGUUCCAACAUCAGUGUUCUCAAGACCUUGAAUUUGCGCUUCCGUUGCUUUUUGGCUAAAGUUCAUGAACUGGAGCGUCGGAAUAAAGCUUUGGAGAAGCAGCUUCAACAGGCUUUGGAAAACAAUGAGGACAAUUCAGAAGGACACGGGAAAAAGCCAUUGACUAAGGAAAUGGGAGUCCAGACUGGUUUCGUAGGGCCCAUCGCAGUUAGGCCCGGACAUAUCCCACUCCAGAACGUCAAUAACUCUGCAUACCUGCCUGGUGGUCUACUCUCUCCAUCACUCAACAGGCCUACAACUCCCUCCUUGGAGUCCAACAGCAAAUCAGUAUUUAGGAACUCGACUCUGACUGACUCGAAUUCCAACCUCAAUUCCAACCAACUCACUCCACAUAUUUGCCUCAGUCCUUUAUUAACCCCUACUGAUACUUCCAACCCUAUAUCCAACAUUAACGAGAAAUAUGUCAGUUCUGGGACUGGUAUGUCUACUAACCCGCCUCCCCGGUUCCUUCCCGGCACCGUUUGGUCCUACAACCACGACCGCAGGUUUGGCACUGGGAGGGAGUCGCGCGUAACAGAUAUGGGUGUGCCUUGUGCCCAAACGGACGGCGUAGGUGUUCAAAUCGACACCAUCACCCCUGAGAUACGGGCCCUGUACAACGUGUUGGGCAAGGUGAAACGAGAGAGGGAUGAGUAUAAAUGCAGAUGGGAGGAAGAGUACACAGUCAGAGUGGACCUCCAGGAGAAAGUGGCUGAGCUGGAGGAGGACCUCCAGGAGAGUGAGGUGUGUCAGGAUGAGCUGGCCCUCAGGGUGAAACAGCUGAAAGCUGAGCUGGUCCUCUUCAAAGGCCUUAUGAGCAACAACCUGUCGGAUCUGGACAGUAAGAUCCAGGAGAAAGCCAUGAAGGUGGACAUGGACAUCUGUAGACGCAUCGACAUCACAGCUCGCCUGUGUGAUGUGGCCCAGCAGAGGAACUGUGAAGAGAUGAUCCAGAUCUUCCAGCAGAUGGCCACACCUCCUUCCACUCUGACCCGCCGGCCCCGGAAACAGGCGGCCCAAUCGGUUAAAGGCGGCGACGGGGACGAACCAACCAGCAUCUCUGAGAGCGAGGCGGGCAAGGAUGAGGAGUCGUGUAGCACGUCAGCCAAUCAGAUCAACGAGGAAAUGCAGAGGAUGCUGAACCAGUUGAGGGAGUGUGAGUUUGAGGACGACUGUGACAGCCUGGCCUGGGAGGAGACUGAGGAGACUCUGCUGCUGUGGGAGGACUUCCCAGGAUACACUCUGGGGGCAGUGGAGACACAGGGGGAGCAGCAGGAGGAGUCCAUAGAGAAGGUAAUACAGGACACAGAGUCCCUCUUCCAGACCAGAGAGAAGGAGUAUCAGGAGACCAUCGACCAGAUCGAGUUGGAGCUGACCACGGCUAAGAGUGACAUGAACCGACACCUGCACGAGUACAUGGAGAUGUGUUCCAUGAAGCGAGGCCUGGACGUGCAGAUGGAGACGUGCAGGAGACUCAUCACCCAGAGUGGAGACAGGUAUCGGACACCUCCGCAUGGUGCUGAACACUCUAAACGCUCAAAAAGAUACCCUAGGAAGUCUCCCCCUCUCGUUACUGCGGCCAUGGAGGACUCUGAUGACGGAGAGAAGGAGAGGAGUAAGGUGUCCCCACCCGCAGACUCUGAAAGUGAUGAACCCUACUGUGACACCAAGGUUAAUAGUGGUACGGUCCCUCACUUACCAUGGAGGAAGUCCUAAUCCUUACUGAUGAAGCCCUGUAGAUGUACCAUAGUCUGGAUAGUGCUGUUGUUUACAUUUUUUUUGCCAUAAAUGAUGUAAAGCCAGCAGACUCUUUCCAGGGCCAUAAAUCACCACUGCCCUCUGGUGGUUCAGGUUAUUACAACACCUAAUCUGAUAGGACUAAAUGGCAUUUAGAAAAGGAAAUCGAUUGGAUUUCUUAACAUUGUGAUAUUUCUAUGAUAUGAACGAUCAAAAUAUAUACCUUUUUGUUAAGUUUGCCCAUUGAUCUUGCUAUAUGUAUCAAGAUUCAACCGAAAACAAUUUGCACACGUUUUUUGUGGAAUAAAGGCCUUAUGUUACAUUGCAGUUACAGAUUUGAAACAUCAGCAGAAUUUUUGAAGGCAAACAACAACAAAAAAAUGCACUAUUGGCGAAAAAUUGUCACAGGAUAAGUCAUUAUCUAGCAGUCUGUCACAUCUGAACAAAAUGAACAUUUGCAGUUUGCUAAAGGGAAAGGGCCUAGCUGUUGAUAGCCAUCGAUGAAAAUCUAUUUUCUUUGCAGUUAAUAUCCUUCUCAUUCCAUUUUCCCCAUUUUGAAAGAAUGGAUACAAGAAGCAUAUAGAAAGAUUCAAGGAUGUAAAGCCUUUUUAAUCAAU